CACAUCCAUUAGGCAAUAAUUCCUUCCCACUACACAACCACUAUAACAGCGUGUAUGAUAACUAACGUCACUGGCUCACUCUCAUUCUCUUACAUCCACUUGAUAUUAACUUCACGCGCCACCAAUGGCCUCUCCACCGACACUCCCAAUCUCCAACUCACAAACCAACUCCACCGCCACCACCCAACCCAUAACCACGCCCGCUUUCCGCGCGUUCAUCUCACGCUUAUCCUCCUCGAUCCGCCACGGCUUCUCUCAACGCCGCCCAUGGUCCGAACUCGUAGACCGGACCUCCAUGACCCGACCCGAAUCCCUCACCGAAGCCUACUCUCGGAUCCGAAAAAACCUCGCCUAUUUCCGCGUCAACUACCUCACCUUCAUAUCCUUGGUCCUCGCUUUCUCUCUCCUCUCUCACCCAAUCUCUCUCCUCGUUCUCCUCUCUCUCCUCGCCGCGUGGACUUUCCUCUACUUUUUCCGACCGUCCAAUCAGCCUCUGGUCAUUCUCGGCCGCACGUUCUCAGAUCGCGAGACCUUGAUCGGUCUCUCGCUCUUAACCGUCGUCGUCGUUUUCCUCACCACCGUCGGAUCGCUCCUCAUCUCGGCGUUGAUGGUCGGCUUCGCGAUCGUGUGCGCUCACGGUGCGUUCAAAGUUCCAGAGGAUCUCUUCCUCGACGAUCAAGAGCCAGCGAAUUCCGGAUUGCUCUCCUUCCUCGGCGGCGCUGCCUCUUCCGCCGCCGCGGCCGCCGCUCCUGUCGCCGCACGUGUCUGAGAGGAGGAAGGUUAGUUAUUUCACAAUCAUUAUUGUGAAAUUGAAACACUGUUACUGACAAGGUUCAUUUUUCAUAUGCUUGGGAAAUUCUGGGCAAAUGAGAUAGGGUUUUGAUUUGAAUUGUGCAAUUUGUAGACCUAAAUUUUCUAGACUUGUAUGUAGAUUGGAUCUGUAUUGUGCAAUUUUUAGACCUAAUUCUUGUAGAGUUAGUUUGAGAUUAUGUAAUUUUUUAUUCUCAAUGAAUGCAGUUUUGGCUGCUGAGCUCGAAUUUGAAUGGCA